AUGUUCAUGGUCACAACUUCGCGCCUAAUCCUAGUUGCAUUCACUUUUUUCAAUGUUCUUGGUAAUGUCGCGAUUUCUGCUUCUUCAACGAACCUCCUCAUUCGCGCUCUGGCGCUGUGGAAGCACAAGCAGGGCAUACGAGCCACACUUCUCCUCAUGAGCAUUACCCAGUGGAUAAUCGGGCUGAUAUUUGGCAUCCUGAGCUCCGGCGUCGAGUCAGAACAUGAGUCUCAGUGUGGUGGUGUUUUCCCUAACAGUCACAAGGAACUAACGAUUUUCUUCUUCUAUUCAGUUGUUCACGACUCGUGCAUCCUUAUCUUCACCAUCGUCGCUCUUGCCUCUAAAUCCGAUGCAGCGAUACUAGCAAAUGUCCCUGUUGCAAUCUUGGCCUGGUUCAAUCUAAACCCUAUCAUGGAUCUAAUGUUCGCUGUAUCAGGUAAAUGGCUCGCUUGUGUUGGACGUGCAAAUUUGGUCAUGACGACAGACUGUAAGUGUGAUCGUUUCGUCGGUAGCUGUUACCUCCUUGAUGGAAUUGGAAAAGGACGGAAGGAGCUCAACAUGAUCGACUGGGAGAGCGAAGAAAUUUUGCACCUCUUAACGUCGUUAUACCUUCGACUGCUGACAUUCUUUCUUGGUUUCUAUGGCUGGCAAUAUCUUCUCACUUUGCACCAUGUAGAAUUGCCGCUCGUUACCGGGAAAUUGAAGUUUCGACUGAUCUACAUACCCUAUCUAGUGGGUCGACAUGCCCUCCUAGUUUUGACGACUGCUGGUCGUGCUCUCGAGUUCCUCCUCUCUGCCAGUGCACUGUAUUGCUAUCUACCGUACCUUUUCGGUAAACUAUCCCUUAUUGCGCUGAAUAGUGCUACUGUAUCUGCGUCGUCCACAAACCUUCUCGCUCGAACGUUAGUGCUCUGGAGGCACAAACGCAUCGUGCAAGUCAGCCUGAUUCUCAUGAACGCCGCUCACUGGCUAGUUGGGCUCACUCUUGGCCCAAUGAGCAUCCGCCCAGCGAAUGCGAAUGUGAAGCCCUUAUGCGGUCCACUUUACCCCAAUACGUUCCAUGAGUAUACCAUAUUCUUCUCUUACACUGUCUUCUGUGAUACUACUAUCCUCGUGGCUACCGUUGUCGGGUUGGGUCUUCGGGCCGAUGAUGCUGGCACACGUUUGUGGGACAAAAUUCAUGACCAAGGGUUCUGGUACCUCUGUACUACAGUGGUGGUGAACUUACCUGUAUUGAUCUUCUCCACGCUCAACUCCAACCCAUUUAUGGCGUUGCUAUUUGUUGUAGUGGCGAGGAUAGUCAGCGUUAUAGUUUCAUCAGCGACCGUUAUAUCGCUCAUGGAAAUGAGAAAUGGUGGCGACAGCGAUCCUGAUGGAGAAGUUUACCAGACGAGCAAAAGCGAAGGCCCUUCUGAGGAAGGACCUCUUACCACGUACAUUGACGUCGACCUAUCUACGUGA